AUGUUCUCCCGUCUUUCCACCCUCUUCGUUGUGGCUUGUGCUUCGUUAUCCAUUGCAAUGCCCGUUAUGGACACCGUUCCAGGUGUUGCCGCUCUCAACGUUGUCGGAGGCCAGACCUCCAAUCCUGCAAAUGCUAUCUCUCCGCUUGUUGGGCGCCAGACCGAACCUGAUAGCUUCCUUGGGGUCGCUUCCGACCUUCUUGGGGAUCGUGACUCUGCGCAGCCCACACUCCCGGAAAUUGUCAUCAGCCUCACCAAUGAAAUAAAGCCCAUCUGCGCCAAGCUGGAGGCUGCAGUCGCUGUCGCUGUCAAGGCCGAUAUCAAUGUCGACCUCAUCGUCAGCCUUCUCGGUGACAUUGUUGUCCUGAUUGAAGGUGCUAUCGUCGACAUCAAGGUCAUCGUCGCGAACCCAGCGGGCUUCGUUCUCAGCGUUGCUGGAACUGUUAUUACCGUCAAUGAACUUGCUGUCCUUGUUGCCGCUCUUUUGACACUCGUCCUCAACGUUCUCUUCACUGUCACCGUUGGCGUCCAGGGCCUUGCCGCUGGUGCCGUCCUCAUUGUUGUCGCUAAGAUUGGUGGUCUCCUCGCGGUCGUUCUUGGACUUGCUGUCCAAGUCGUCCCAAAUGUUUGUGUGCUUGUUGCCCCACAGAUCACUGCUGUUGUGCAUAUCAUCACCUCCCUCAAGCUCGACGCCUUGGUUGUCGUUUUGGGCCUCCCUGCCAAAUACUAA